AUGUUUUAUUGUCCUGGAUACAUGCAAAUGCCUAACGCUUUCAUUACAACCGUAUUAAUCAAAAGUUACUUGGACACAAAUUUGUACAAUACUUUGGAAAUUGAUUGGACAAAAUAUGCGAUGAAUGUUAAUUAUUUUGACGCUGCUCGAGAUAGUUAUUAUGUUGGAAAAGCUAUUGCCACAUAUUUGCAAAAAUUUAUUGAUAAUGGAAUCGUUCACGAAUCGAUAGAAAUAAUAGGCGUUUCAUUAGGUGCACAAAUGGCUAGCUCUCUUGGCCAGAAUUUGAGAACACCAAUACCGAGAAUUGUAGGAUUAGAUCCAGCUGGUCCUGGUUUUAGAAGUGAUCGUCCACAUUUCUCCAAAGGUGCUGCUGAAUAUACGGUUGCUAUUCAUACAGAUAUGGGUGGUUAUGGAACCACGCUAACUGAUGCUGAUCUGGAUAUUAUUGUAAAUGGUGGGCACAGAAUACAACCAGGAUGCCCUCUUAUCAAUAUUCCAUUGGUAGCGUCAGGUAAUUAA